UGAUGUUCGGCAACGUUCGCUCUCGUUAUUCGAACAGCGCUAAUCUGACAACCAAGUGGAUCCAGCGCUACAUGUACUCCACGCGUAGAUCUGCACGCCAUGACGUUAUAGCUUGUUUUGUUUUUUAUUCAGGUCAACCUCGCGCUCAGCACAGCGCAGACGCUCGUGAGCGGGCUCUGCUCCCAAUGUUUACCUCUCGAGCAUGUCUCUGGCAGACAGGAAAAAGUAACGCUUUGGUUUAUGGAAGCUAUUAUGUGAUGGUUGGAAGGCCGUUAUGUCUGUACGGCUAAUGCACUAGCUAACAGUAGCUAAGCACAUCUUCCUCUCUUGUUGUCGACAAUUGUAGACCGUCUCGCGCUCCAUGAUGGCGAUGUUUCGGAGCUUGGUCUCGGCGAGCACCCAGCUCCGCCAGCAGCAGCCGACCAGCGGCCCGGGCUCGCUGGCAGCCCCGGCGGAGGGCGUCGAGAGCCAGUUCUCCUGUCCCAUCUGCCUGGAGGUCUACCACAAACCCGUCAGCAUCGCCAGCUGUGCUCACACGUUCUGUGGGGAGUGUCUUCAGCCAUGUCUUCAGGUGACCUCGCCCCUAUGCCCUCUCUGUCGUGUGCCCUUUGACCCCAAGAAAGUGGAGCGUUCCUCCAGUGUGGAGAAGCAGCUGGCCUCAUACAAAGCCCCCUGCAGGGGCUGUGACAAGAAGGUGGCUCUGGUAAAGAUGAGGUCUCACAUUGCUUCCUGUUCUAAAGUACAGGAGCAGAUAGCCAACUGUCCCAAGUUUGUCCCUGUACUCCCGACCUCCCAACCUAUACCAAGCAAUAUUCCAAACCGGUCAACAUUUGCAUGUCCGUUCUGUGGGGCCAGAAACUUGGACCAGCAGGAGCUGGUGAAGCACUGUAUGGACAGCCACCGUAAUGACCCUAAUAAAGUGGUGUGUCCGGUGUGCUCAGCCAUGCCGUGGGGGGACCCCAGCUAUAAGAGCUCCAACUUCCUCCAGCAUCUCCUCCACAGACACAAGUUCUCUUAUGACACCUUUGUUGACUACAGCAUUGAUGAGGAAGCAGCGCUGCAGGCAGCUCUGGCACUGUCACUGGCUGAAAACUGACAACCAAUCACACCACAACCCUCCUGUCACCGUGAGAACCAUCGACCAUGCCACUCUCGUCCCUCUGCACUGCUGCUGUACCUCACGUCUCAGAAGAUAUCAUCCGGGCAACAGACACAGCCGACCCCGCCAGGUUCACGCAGUCUACAGAAAGCCACAUCGCAGAGGAGUCCAGCCACGUUUGGAUUUGGUGAUAAGCUUGCUUCCUUUUUUUGGUUUUUCCUUGGGUAGCGGGACAGCCAGUUUGCUACGCUACAGACCAAAAGCAGUCGGCAUGUGUCUUCACUGCUUCAUUUGAUUCGAUGAUUUGAAGAUAAAACACUUUGUGGGCUUGGAAUGGAUCCAGUGGGCGGGUUCGUAGUUGAGACCACCUUAACCGAAAACAAGACGUCACCAAGACCAGAGUGUAUCGAGACCAAGAAAAGACAGAGUCAAGACUUGCGCCAGAGCUUCUUCUCCUGGCUCCCACAUUCAUUGUCUUGGGAGUGAUUGUAGAGGGGGGGGGGGUUACGAUAACUUAUAGAUAUAAGUCAGGGUAUUGGUUGGAUUUGCAAGUUUUAACACAGACCUUAAUCAGACAGUGCACAGGCAGCUUAGCGAAAUCCCAGCAGUUGUGGUCUUGAGACCAAGACUGAUAUCGAGUACCUACAUAAUCUACGUUAAAAUGCCAAUCUCCAGCUUGGAAAGAGUGCAUCCACUCACGGCUUCGGAUUAUCUGGACCACCCCAGCAUGAAGGGCUACCUCCGUUAAACAAAUGUCUUGUGUGUGAGUGUGAAAGAUCCUGAAGCCUGCUGACUCCUAAAGCCUCAUCAGUGGCCAUCAGUCACUUGCAGGCAGUUCCUUAUCGCUGGUACUCACUGUGAAUAACGUGUUCUACAGAUUGGUGUGCAGUGAGCAAGUCUGAACAGGCACUUUGUUUUUUGAGGAGUUAACAUACAGUAACUUGCACACAAGGGCUAAUUAGGAAGUAUUUUGCAAAGGUACAACACUGAAUAAAAUACAAUGAAUAAAUAGCUCCUCUAGUCAUCUCCACAAAUGGAUGCAAGUGCUUUAGAGUUGUGUGUUUUGUAUUUUGCACUUAACUGUUAAAACAAAUUCAUAGAAGUCAGAAACUUAGGUUUCUUGACCAUAAAAGCAACAGAAGAGUUCAUGUUGUUGUUCAAGACGGAAGUAGUUCAAGACUGAGCUUCUCAAAGUGUGGUUGCAUGCUAACACCUGCAACGGUACGUACUGUCCAUGGCAGCGUCUAAUGGUCAUGGUCAGUAGGUUAGAGCAGUGGUUCUCAACCUGGGGUUCAGACCCCCAAGAGGGUCGCAAGAAGAUUUCUGGGGCUCGACAGAUAGUCAAAAAAGAAAAGAAAAACAUUCUAUACUGGGGAAUGUUUUUUACAUUCUGUGUGAGUUUGGUACCUGGAAUGCAGAAAAGGGUGUGAAGGUGGGUCGGGUAGAGAAGAAGAACACCAACUUCAUUAUGUUGAGUGGUAAAAGGUUUAGAACCACUGGGUUAGAGGACGGUUCCAGAGCCUCAUGCACGGAGAGGCUAAAAGUCCCUGGAUUUCUGAAUGCAUCAUGCUCCUCCCAUUACCUGGGCUUCUAGUUUCACUGCGGUAACCUGGAUGUUUGUGCUGCUGCACACUGCCACGCUGGCUCUCUUGAACUUCAUGUGGGGGUUAUGAAUAUUCUCCCUGACAGCACAGAAGCACAGACUGACAGUUGUCCUAUUAAUAGCAACAACUGAUUGCAUUUCACUAGGGAUGUAGCAAUGCACCGCGAAUUGGUUAAAAAAACUAUAUAGAUCCAUAUGAACAGGAAUUUAUUAUUCAGGGCUUUGAAUUCUUAUAAGUUAGGGGUUUUAUAUUUCCAUAUAUUUUACUGUUAUUUUGUAUGCACACACAAAUGGAACUUUUUAAAUAAACCACUUAAGAAACAAAAUACACAUUUCUAAGAUGAAGGACUUAACUCCUCAGAUUUCAUCAGCUGGAGGUAUGAGUUGGUCUGGCGGCUGAUGGAUCUCGGUGAUGAACUCAAACUGUGUUGAGGUUUAUGAUAUCGGUAGGUCAGAUGGCUGGCGGAGGGUCAACCCAACUAGCUCGCUAUUGUUAAUGAGCUCAACCUUCUCGGUCCCGUUACGGCCCGCUUUGCACCUCCGGCUGCACCA